AUGACGGAGAACAUCUGGGACUCCGAACUUUGCGCGGGGCAAAGUGAAAACUCAGGCGGAUAAAUAAGUGGAACAUACGGCGUGUUUUCCGCCAGGAUGCAGGACCUAAGCUCGCGAGCUCACGCCUUUUCAGUGGAUGCGCUGAUCGGGAAGCCCUGCAAGAGGAUGAAAGUGUCGGAGAGACAUGAAUCAAGUUUAGCUGGAGACACCGGAGGAGACGGGAGCAUCUUCACUGGCCAGCACGAAUAUCUCACCAGCAGGAUGAAGCAAGAAUUUUCAACACUGAGGAGGCCAGGAGACAUCUCCAGCGACCCGCCAGGACACACCGCCAGUUCUGGGACAGAGGACUUAGACCAGGUCGGCGAGGAGAGCAAGCCGAUGGAGAGCGAGUGCCAGCCGGACAGAGAGGUCCGAGUAGAGCUGCAGGGCUCAGAGCUGUGGAAGAGAUUCUAUGAGAUCGGAACUGAGAUGAUCAUCACUAAAGCUGGCAGGAGAAUGUUCCCUUCUGUGCGCGUCAAAGUGCGCAAUCUGGACCCUUGUCAGCAGUAUUAUGUCGCCAUGGACGUCAUGCCAGUUGACUCCAAGCGCUACAGGUAUGUGUACCACAGCUCACAGUGGAUGGUGGCCGGAAACACCGACCACUCGUGCAUCUCUCCACGGCUCUACGUCCAUCCUGACUCACCGUGCACUGGAGAGACGUGGAUGCGUCAGGUCAUCAGCUUUGACCGGGUCAAGCUCACCAACAACGAAAUGGACGAUAAGGGGCAUAUUAUUCUUCAGUCGAUGCAUAAAUACAAGCCGCGUGUGCACAUCAUCCGGCACGACCCUCGGAUGGACUUGUCUCAGAUCCAGUCGCUGCCAGCUGAAGGAGUGCACAGCUUCUCUUUCCCAGAGACUGAGUUCACCACAGUCACAGCAUAUCAGAACCAACAGAUCACAAAACUGAAGAUCGACAGGAACCCCUUCGCUAAGGGCUUCAGAGAUCCAGGAAGGAAUAGGGGGGUUUUGGAUGGCCUCUUGGAGUCAUAUCCCUGGAGAGGCCCUCUCAGCUUGGACUUCAAGCCCUUUGCCAUACAGCUCCAAGGCAGCUCGGGAUCGCUGACUAGCAGCGUAAAGAGCCUUCUCCCUUUUUCUUCAUCACUUCUCCCACUCCCCUGCCAGGACGCUGCACUACAGGCCCUCACUUUCCCCCUGUACGGCAAGACAUCCACCAUCUCCCCCUCCAUCUCCCCGCUGCCCAGCAGGGCCUUCUCCUCUCUGGGAGCAGACAGACUGAGAGGCCUCCCGCCGCUUCCUCCACUAACAGACCUCCCACUUCUCUCCAUGCUGCAGGGAAAGAAACACCCCCAGUGUAGAGACCCAUGUCCUCACGGCUCUCCAGGGAGCCCCCCUUCCCUCCUCCCCUUUCACAACCCUCUCAGCCCGCAGGGGUCCUCUCUCCUCCCUGAUCUCUCCGACACUUCAGGCCCCUACUGUCUUUACCGCUACAGUUUUCCCCUGAGCCCCCAACUCACUGCUAUUUCCCGGCAUGCUAAGCUAGCCGAAGACUCCACAGACUUUAUGCUGCGACAGUCUCCGUGGCACCCGACCCCCAACCACUGCUUCUGACAGCUGGAGCGCUCUUCAGGGCUCCAGCCCAUCGAGUGUCACAAACCAAAGCUCAUUGCAACCGAACAUGAAGGGCUGAUUCUUGAUCGAUCGAAGCUGAAAGGAGAAAUGUGCCUGUGAGGACUUUUUUAUUGUUUUGUUUUGUAUUUAAAACCUGAUUUCUACACUCUGUUGGAUGUAUCACCACAAAAAAGAAAAACUCACCCAGAACCAAACUAUCUGGGAUAAAUAGAAACAUUUCUGCCAAGGCAGAAUAUAGAUUUUCACUUUGGACUUCCUGAGAUAUUUCACUGCCUUUUUUAAAUCUUCCUGAAAGGCUUUUUACCAAAGAGCAUCAGCACUGUGUCAAAGGACUCUUUCUGAACAUGACAAGCACUGUUAAAAUGACCACAAGUGCCCAUUAAAGUGUAUUUCGUGUUUUGGUUAAGAUCAAAUAAGCUCAAAAUGUAAUUUUUCCACAUAAACCAAUAUGUACAACAAGUAAAUCAACCAAGCAGAUGUGCUCCUGUGCAACAGGAAGUGACUUUGAAUAAGACAUGAUGUUAGAACAUUGUGAAGCAGUAUUUACUGAUAUUAAGCAAAAGUGUGUUUUCUGUUUACUCUGAGGAGUCCGUGUCAGACUCCACCAACAACUUGAGCCCAUCAGGUUGCUCUGUGAUUUUCGGGGGAAUAGCAACAGCUGCCAGAAUUCAGGCAGCCAGUUUCCAUUCCUGUACUUUAUUACCAUUAAUAGGACUAAUCAGAGACGUAUGGAGGUGAAUCGGUUAUGCUGAAGAGACUGUUAUUUGCUGCAGUUUGACUGUAACAAAACUGGAACAAAGACCUUUGCUUUCUGUAACAGUC